GACCCCGUAAAGGCCAAUCAAAUUGUGGGGAGCAGGCGCGUUCCCGAUAGCUGCGAAGGAGACUAGGAGAGGUGGAAAGGUGCUUAUCUUUAUAAAUUUGUUGCCUUCUCGCAUCUAAAUAUCGUCACUCAGCGACAUGUCUGAGGAGAAGCCAAAGGAGGGUGUGAAGACUGAGAAUGACCACAUCAAUCUGAAGGUGGCUGGCCAAGAUGGAUCAGUGGUCCAGUUCAAAAUUAAACGGCACACCCCCCUCAGCAAACUAAUGAAAGCUUACUGCGAAAGGCAGGGUUUGUCAAUUAGGCAGAUUAGGUUUAGGUUUGACGGGCAGCCAAUCAAUGAGACGGACACACCUGCACAGCUGGAAAUGGAGGACGAGGACACUAUUGAUGUAUUUCAACAACAGACUGGGGGCUUCUGCUAAAAGCAAGGCUGCCAUCCAGGAGAGCAUCCACUCAGCUUUUAUUUUAUUAUUAUUGUUAUUAUUGUUAUUAUAUAUUUCCCCUUCAAAUCCUGGGAUUGUGUCCGGACCAAAUAUGAAUCAGGCAGUAUUCUUGAUUAUCGCAAGAGUAGAGCUUACUUCUGUUUUUAAAUGUCUUCAUGAAGAAAGGCUUAUGCUUCCCUUGUUUUCCUGAACACAGGCGAGGAUGAUCUCAAAUGUUUAAAUACAAAACAAUUUCUUGUGUGUUAAUUUUUCAAAUCAGCCUCUUGAAGGGCGGGAAAGGGGCAGUGAGGUGAAUCCCUGACUGCAAAAAUAGAGAAUUCCCCCCUCCCCCCC